CACCGAGUCCCUUUCUUGUCCUUUCUCCUUCGAAAACCCGACUUCGUUUCCUCCCUGUGUGGUCUCGACGAGUCGACAGUACUUCUUAACUCUCUCUGUCAAGAGUUUCGCAGCAGAGAGAGAGAGAGAGAUAGAGAGAGAGAGAGAGCAAUUGCUGAAGCAUGGACGAGAAUUCAGCACUAAUCGAAUCAAUUCUCAGAGAGCAAGAGGAGGAGGAGGCAGAAAGAUAUGGUAAGAAGGUGAACAAUGAGCGGACCCAAAACGGCGAUGCUUAUGGCUGGCAAACGGUGUCAUAUCAGAAGCGAAACCGAAAGGCCUUGUCCAAGACACUUCCGGCGGACUCCAACGGUGAUAUCCACAUCGGAGCUUCCUCCGCCUCCGAGGUGUUCCGGCCGAUCGAGCUGCAUUCCGAGGAGCGCCGUCGGAAAGCUCUGGAGGCUCAGGCGGCCGCCGCUUCCGGAGAUUCCGCCGGCGGCGGAUCGAAGCGGGAUUCCGAUGACGACGAUGAGGAUAGCAAUGCUGAGGUGUCUGGGACUGUGGAAAAUGGCGAGGUGAAGAAGGUGAAGACUAAGAAGCCAAAGAAGCCGAAGGUGACUGUGGCUGAGGCGGCUACGAAGAUCGACGCAGAUCAUCUCGGCGCUUUUCUCGCUGAUAUUACUGCUUCGUAUGAAAAGCAACAAGACAUACAGCUUAUGCGUUUGGCGGAUUAUUUCGGUCGAGCAUUUGCGUCAGUCAGUUCGGCUCAAUUUCCAUGGUUGAAGACGUUCAAGGAAUCCACUGUGGCAAAGUUGGUUGAUAUCCCUCUUUCUCAUAUAUCUGAAAAUGUUUACAAGACAUCAGUUGACUGGAUCGGCCACUGCUCUACUGAAGCACUUGGAUCCUUCGUGCUGUGGUCAUUGGACAGCAUUCUUGCUGACCUUACAAAUCAUCAAGGAGCAGCCAGGGGAUCCAAAAAGGUGGCCCAGCAAGCACCUUCAAAGUCUCAGGUUGCCAUAUUCGUGGUUUUAGCAAUGGUGUUGCGGCGAAAACCUGAUGUAUUGAUUAACUUACUUCCAGUGAUGAAGGAAAGUCCAAAAUAUCAAGGCCAAGAUAAGCUUCCAAUCACAGUGUGGUUGAUUGCACAGGCUUCUCAAGGAGAUCUGGUUGUGGGGUUGUACACGUGGGUUCAUUUUCUCUUGCCUAUAUUGAGUAGCAAGUCAAGUAGUAAUCCGCUGUCUAGAGACUUGAUUUUGCAAUCGGUGGAAAGAAUUUUGUCUUCUCCGAAAGCUCGUCCUAUUCUAUUAAAUGGUGCUGUCAGAAAGGGGGAGCACAUAGUGCCACCAUCGGCCCUUGAUCUGUUGAUGAGAUCUUCUUUUCCUGCAGCUUCUGCCCGAGUUAAGGCAACUGAGAGGUUUGAAGCUGUUUAUCCAACCCUGAAAGAGAUUUCCCUUGCUGGUUCCCCGGGUAGCAAAACAAUGAGGCAGGUCACACAGCAGAUAUUGAAAUAUUCAGUUAAAGCUGUUAAAGAAGGCAUCCCUGAUCUGUCUAAGGAAGCAAGUGACAUUUUUAUUUGGUGUUUGACACAAAACCCUGAAUGUCAUAGGCAAUGGGACAUGCUUUAUCUGGAGAAUCUUGAUGCAAGUGUUGUUGUCCUGAAAAAGCUAUCUGACGAGUGGAAGAAGCAUGCCAGUAAACAUACUUCUCUUGACCCCUUGAGGGAGACCUUAAAGAGUUUCAGGGAAAAGAAUGAUAAAGCAUUGGCAGUGGGAGAUGAUUUUGCCCACCAUUCACUUUUGAAGGAUGCAGACAAAUAUUGCAAGCUGAUUUUGGGACAAUUGUCUCAAGGGCACGGAUGCAUGAAGAGCAUGGUGCUUGUGUCUGUUGCCCUGGCUGUGGGCGCUGCUAUCGUGUCACAAAACAUACAACCUGAGGACCUCAAGAAACUUGCAGCCAUGUUCAACUUUCCCCUAACUCUGUAAAUGGAGUUACUCACCGGUAUUUUACGGCAUACUGUUUAAAUUAUGUCUGGCAUAGGUCAGCUAAAAAAGGGUGGCCCAUAACAGUAUAGGCAGAGGAUUCAGUUCAGCGUUUGACCAACUUGUAACAGGUCUCAAGUGAAAGUUAAGGUAUAAGCAGCCGCGGAGCCCAUGUCUGGGUUGCUAUUUCACAGGGUGUUUGGCUUGUCUAGUUUUCAGUGUCAAUGUGUUGAGUGAGUUAUUUUCCUUUGCAAGGGACUAAGUUAUAGUGGCUUGUGUUUUCGGGUUUUCUUCUUAUAUUUUCGCAUAGUCUAAUAAGUCUGUUAAAAUGUGGACAUGGAAAAUGGUCAUAAGGUGGAAAUGAAUGAUGGAAUAAGUGCUUGAAAGAAAAAGUGCGUCUUUUUAUUAUUAAUUUUUUUAAUCAUUGUAUUUUAACUUUUGACCCUCACCAAA